GCGAGGCGGGGGGAGAACCCAGGAGAACCCAGCGGAACCCAGCGGGACCCAGCGGAACCCAGCGGGACCCAGCGGGACCUGCUUCCUCUGAGGACGGCGCCCAGUGGAUUAAAACCUGUGAGACUUUGGAAAUUCAUCGGAGAAAAUAACUUUUUUUUUAUUGUUUUUUUGGGCGGAGAGUCAGGAGCAGCAACAUGUGAUGCGUUCAUGUUAAUUAAAAAAACAAGGAGAAGCGAAAUGGGAACUUUCGAUUCUGACUGAAGGCAUCUGAACUAUGAAUGAGCAGAUCUGGACUGAUGUAGCUGAUUAAAGUGAACUCAAAGCAUGUUUCAUAUCUCCCGUUGGUGGAACUGGUCGCCCUUUGCGUUGGAGACGGUGCUGCAACCCUCGGCCGGGCUGGCCUCUCAGGAGAACCUGGAAUCAGGGAGCCGGUGGCAGGAAAGUAAAGAUCUUCCAGAGAAUCGGCAGCACUGUGCCAGUGAAGGGAUGUGCGUAGCAGAAGUCAUCAUUUGAGAGGCGGCUCCUCCUGCGAUGGCACCAGGACGUCUCCAGAGCCCAGGAAGGGAUCGCUCAACACCGCCAUGCUGUUGCUGAUCUCGGAUCCUCUGGGAUCAGCGGCAACAAUUCAGCAUCCUGAGGAGAUGAGGGGGCCUUAUUUUCCGGUCUCAUCCCAGCCAGGAUUUAUAGACUUUAUGCACAUUUUCCAACGACGGCACAACCACCUCCAAGAGACGAGCACAAGAAUACCGAGCAGUAUAUUCCAACGAUCAACACUGAAGGACGGCUCAUGUACUCUGCAAAAUGACGGUCCUGAAGUGAGGAAAGCUGAUGCUGAGCCGUCUGUUGAAAAGAGUUCAAAAAUUUGUCGGCUUCGUGAAGCCAACCCGUUGCUCACGGGAAUAUUGGAAGGUAAUGAAGUCACUUUACAAUACCUAGCUGGUGCCCCUGCAGUGGGGAAUCCCUGUACAAGUGUCAGACUCAGAAGCGAUGAUGGUCCUUCUGCGAACGGAAUACUGAGUGAGAAGCAGACGGCGGCCAUGGAUUCAUCAAGCUGUGGGCAGAUUAGAGCAGCAGGACGAGCUCCUUCUGCCCACUACCAGCCCAACGCCCUCCGUCCUUCACCCAGCGCUGCUCCAGCCGCAUACAAGUCUUCAGAGAUAUUGCCUUCAAAUGGACCGGCGGGCCGCUCAAAUGCUGAAAUAGUGGACCUCAUCAAGGAGAAGAUUGCGUCUCUUAAAGAACGUCGGCUCCGAUCGGACCACAGCAGGCCGAAUUCCACCAGUGCUCCCUGUCAUCCAACCACUGCUCCUUCUGACAAGAGAGACGGAACGGUGCAUCGUUUCAGCCGUUCUCCUACAGAACAGAGCGCCACAGCUGCUGGGCAGACAUCUGGAGUGGAUAGCUUGACACGGGCACAAGAAACUGCAGAGUUGCCUCCUCGGUCUGACAAGAAGGGCAACGAAUCUGCAUCCCUGAAACACCCGAACGGAACAACCACCUCCGCGGUACAACGCUGUCCCAAUGUAACCGUUGGCCAAAGCGCCAGGGCAGGGGUGGAGAUGCCGAGGCAAACGAGUGACGGUGGCAAAUUGGUUUGUGAUAAUCAUACAUCAAGUUCUGGGAAAGUCGCUAAACAUGUUCUGCCCUCCGUAAAUAUGAACUCCAUCACUCAUUACUCUCUCUCUGCACUGCAAGACCUUGCUGCUAGUUUGGAUAAUGUGGCCACAGAUGAAGAGAUGGGCAACAUUUCUGAAAUUCUCCUGAAUAAGUACUGGAAUGGUGAUAAAGGCAACAUCCGUGACUUCGAAUCCACAGAAUAUCCCCGAAUAAUGAACGAAGUGGCUGCGACCUGCAUAAGGCACGAAGAGGAGAGUCCAGUGGUCAUAUCAGCGCCUCCACGUAAUUCGCCUUCACCGCUGGAAGAUCAAACCCCAUGGAUAAAUACUGGGAAAAAAUAUCCCAGUAGCCAUUCAGGGCAAGAGACUUCCUCCAUUCCCAAACACACAGCAGCAGACACUCACUCAGGUUCUCAUAUGAACAACCAAGAAAUAAACUCUUCCCGAGAAGGAACAUUCUCUCUCAGUGUUCUAAAAGAUCCACAAUAUGACGAUGUGAUAGAUACAGAAGAUCCAGGCGAACCGCCCGGGAAGCAGGCCCAGGCCAAACCGAUGCCAAAGCCUCUCCAGAAGUGCUGUUGCCCGUAUUACGUGGAAACUGAGACCGACUUUGUUCAGGUGCCUUGUCCUAAAUGUGAGAGUGAGAACGUGCUGAGGGACGCUGCGGUUCAUCAGACGGACGAAUCGCAGUGUCUUUCCAGUGACGACGAGAUGGACGAUUGGCUCGUGAUUCCCUUAAAAGUGUUACACGUCACAAUGGAUGUCCAGGCUGAGCCAGAUGACGCCGAUGAUGAAGGAGAACAGAUUGUAACUUCGAGCCCAGUUUCAGUGUCUCCCCCGCUGGCGGUGGAGGACACUGCUCAGAGUACAGGGACGCAGCCUGGGAGGGUUCCCCACGUCCCACCAGAAGGGGGUAUGUUGGAGAUGGACACUGAUAGUCCCAACAGCACCGAGCAUCCCAGCGGCGAGUCGGACGGCAGCUGUGAAACCGAGGACAGCUGUGACUACGUGCGCACCGAAGGACGGAAUUAUCUGACGGUGUCGAGGCAGGCGUGGAGGAAGCUGUCGUCACCGUCGCCUUCCAAGCAGGGAGACAGGAGAGCACGUCUUCAAAAUCACAAGAGGAGGAGACAAAAGGCUCUGGCACAGAAGGACACGGCAGACCCAGAUUCUGACCUGGAGGAUGGGAACGACAGCCGGACGAAGACGAGCAGAAAGAGAAGGAAGGCAGUGUCUUCAUGUUCAGAGGACACCGAUGCUGCUCCACGUCGUCUUCACAAGAGACCUUCAGACCAGGACUGCGACGCUGCUGUGGAGAAAUCAUCACGCCAGCAGAAAUCUGAAGAACUGACGGAACGCAGAACUGAACGCCACCCGGUCACCGAGACCGAGGACAGCUGUGACGAUGCCAGAUACAAUAAACGCAGCACGUCCUCUACGAAUUCAGGGGGUGAGAGCAGUGUAAGAGAGAAAAAGGAACCCAAAAAAGCCAGACAACCAUUCAAGCUACAUCCUCGGCCGAAAUCUCAGGUUGGUCAGACAAAAGAAGGUCAGGCUGCAUCCUCAGAACCUCCUCAAAUUAAAAAGACUAAACAAGGCCUCAAAGUGAUGACUGCUGAAGGACAGGUUGGUCCUGCUCGGCUAAAGACGGACAGACGGACGGCGUCCAAACGCUCUAGCCUGAACCUGAAGCCCAAAGGCAGGACAAUUAAAAAAGCAAGGAGGGCUUCAAGGAUAUAUUCAGACUCUUCAGAAGCGGAGGAAGAGCCGGGCGCCGUUUCUGACGUGUCGGACCGUCUGAAUGUCAACAAACAUAGAAGCAGUGGUCAGCGGCUUGGAGCCAAAGCUAAGAGUGACCAUGGUCCCCGAAGGACCGGCUCACCGACCACUGCUGACAGAAGGAAAUCUGACAGGCCGGAGAAAGACCAUGUCAACAAAAAGAAGAAAACACGUCGGUUAUCGGAGACGGAGGACAGUGAGGACAGCUUCUCCAAUAGUCCGGACAGCUCUAAGUUAAAGCCUCUGCAGAGACGACCAGACAAACCCCCUCCGUGUCCCUCCAGCGCGUCCCCACCCCCGUCAGGCAGCAUCGUUAAGCGUCUCUACGUUCAGGGAUCCCCUCAGGCCAGCAAACGCUUGAGACUUUCUAAACAGUUUCCGCUCCAGACCCAGAGUGCAGAGGGACGGCCUCAGGCGCCGGCCAGCACGGCGAAGAAGGCAGAGUCCAGGAAGUGGCAGCCGUCACAUGGGAAAAUUGCCCCAAAACCGAAGCCUUUGAGCAGCUCUGGCCCUAAGCGGUACGUACCGGCCCCCAGACCGCAGCUGUUCCAUUCCUUCAGCCACCCCCCCUCCUCAGACGGUGAGAACCCCCCCGCUCAUUCCUCAGCCUGGGAGAAGGUGAAGGGCAUCUGGAAGGACAGAUUCUACCCAAUCCCUUCACACAAGAAAGCUAGCCACGGGGCCGAGGCCGCCGCCGACCCGCCGCCGGAGGCGGAGCCUGAGCCUGGAACCAGCUCCUCCUCCUCCAGGAUCCGCAGACGGAGACACAGCUGCUCCAAGUCGGAAACCCCUCUGAUGAAAAAGAGCAAGUCGGAGGCCAAAGAGAGGACGAGGGACAUCAACUACAACCCGCAGAGACGACCCACAGGUCACGCCGUGUCCGAUCAUUACAAGUGGAAGGACCGCAGCGACGGGCGGGAAACCGAAGGAUCCUGGAGGCCGAGGCGGCGUUCGCCCUCCCCAGAGCUGGACUGGGACUGAAGGGAUCGACGGACCGGACCGGACCCUGGACUCCCGUCUGCCCGUCUCUGCGUUCAGACGUCUGUUUACAUUAUUCUGUUGUUUUGAGUUGUUGUUUUUCUAAUAUAUAACUUGAAAAAAGAAGUUGAGAGUUUCAGUUCACCGUUAUCUGAACGCUGUACAGUUGUGAAAUGUUCUCCAUGGUUCUGUUAUUUUCACUUGGUCUUCAGAAGUUUAUAAAAGACGAUGUUCAUCUUGUUGGGGUUUUUUUUUAUCAAAUAAAAUAUAGUUU